AUGAGCGGUUGGGAUGACAAUACUUCUAAUGACCUUGUAGCUAAAACUGGGUCAUUGAGUCUGGGCGAUGCCAAACAACAACAAGCAGCAGUCAAUGGAAGCAACGGGCAUAUCAAUGGAGCACAACAAUAUCCUCCAUCUAAUGCCAAUAUAGACAGGUCCAGUGCUGGUGGCGGUACUCCAACUAGAGGCAGAUAUGUCCCUCCUGGAAUGAGGUCGGCAUCACAAUCUUCCCUCAAUUCAAAUGCUGCUCCCUUUGUCGAUCAACGAGGUCCUCCUCCUCAGGGUCGCUACUCUGAAACAAGACCUCAGGAACACGGCCGAGAAUGGUCUGGAAAUGGCAUGCAAAACGCUCGUUCUCAAUCUAUGGAAUCAUUCAAUAGUGGUGGACGACCAGGUGGUUGGACUCCAAGAUCUUCUACUGGAUCAUAUGGUGCUCCCAAUCGUGGUGGUGGAGGCGACUAUGGCAGUACUCCAAACUUGAGUGCUCGUCCUCCCAUGACUUAUAAAAAAGAUCCAAGUGACGAAUUCUACGACUUCCCUGAAAUAAAACCUAGAGAUGCCCGUAUCGAGCAACAAUUAUAUGGUGCCCAAAUGUCGUCUGGUAUCAACUUUGAAAAGUAUGAUGACAUUCCUGUAGAAGCGUCAGGCUCACAAGUGCCAAACCCCAUCACAAACUUCAUCGAAUCGGAAAUGCAUCCACUAUGUAAAUCCAAUGUAUCUCUAGCCGGGUAUAAUCAUCCUACACCCGUCCAACGUCACGCCGUAUCAAUCGUCACUGCAGGUCGAGACUUGAUGGCUUGUGCUCAAACUGGAUCGGGAAAGACAGCUGCCUUCUUGCUCCCAAUCUUGUCUCAAAACUUUAAGGACGGUCCACCUCCUCGUCCCAGCAACACUCGUCAAGUGUUUCCCGUAUCACUUGUAUUGGCUCCUACUCGUGAAUUGGCUCUUCAAAUCUAUGAAGAAGCCAAGAAAUUCUCGUAUCGAUCUUGGGUCCGCCCUUGUGUCGUAUAUGGUGGUGUCCCUAUAGUAGAACAGUUACGAGAUAUUGAACGAGGCUGCGAAUUGCUUGUUGCUACUCCAGGCCGAUUAUUGGACUUGUUUGAACGUGGCAAACUCUCUCUACGUUGUGUCAAGUACCUGGUGCUUGACGAAGCUGAUCGAAUGUUGGAUAUGGGUUUUGAACCUCAAAUCCGUCGUAUUGUAGAAAAGGAAGACAUGCCACAACAGCGUCAAACUCUAAUGUUCUCAGCAACAUUCCCUCGCAACAUCCAAAUCUUGGCUCGUGAUUUCCUUCACGACUAUAUAUUCUUGACUGUAGGUCGUGUAGGAUCAACAUCAGAAAACAUCACUCAAAGAAUCGAAUAUGUAGAAGAUCCAGAUAAACGAUCCGUGUUGCUCGACAUCUUGCAUACCGAUGCCCAACUCGCAUCCCAAAACACCGCUACACUCAACCUCACAUUGGUGUUUGUAGAAACGAAACGAGCAGCCGAUAUAUUGUGUAAUUACCUACAAUCCAAUAAUUUCCCAGCCACAUCCAUUCACGGUGAUCGCACACAAGGUGAACGUGAAGCAGCACUGAAAUCUUUCCGAACAGGUUAUACCCCAGUAUUGGUAGCAACAGCUGUAGCUGCUAGAGGUCUUGAUAUCCCCAACGUGACUCACGUAGUCAACUACGACUUGCCAUCCGAUAUCGAUGAUUAUGUUCAUCGAAUUGGACGUACAGGUCGUGCCGGAAAUACUGGAAGGGCCACUGCCUUCUUCGAUCCUUCUCGCGAUAAAGGUAUCAUCAAGGAUUUGAUGGAUAUCUUGCGUGAAGCAAACCAGGACGUGCCUGACUGGCUUGAACAAUGUCGACGACGAUUGGAAGGAGAUUUCUUCAAUCGUGCAUACUCUUCUGGACGUGGCGGUGGAGGACGUGGUCGUGGACGUGGUGGCGGAUCUCGAUUCGGAGCUACUGAUGCUCGAAAGGAACCUGGAUAUCGCCCCAAUUCAGGUGGCGGUGGAUAUGGCGGUGGACGAGGUGGUGGAGGUCAAGGUGGCCAACAAGACAUGUGGUCAGGCUCCUCAGGUGGAAAUGGAGGAGGUUCUUGGUUUUAA